UCAGAAUUUUUUCUUCUAUUGACCGGGGGAAACCUGGACUUAAAACGGAGAUCCACUGCAAAUCGAUCAAAACAGAAACAUAAAGUGAGAGAACACCAAAUCAAACGCAACUCGAGAUAUUAAUAAGCUUCUUCUUCGUCAGUUAUUACCAUUCGUGGAAGAGAAAAAGAAAAAAGUAACUAAAAAAAUAAACUGUAAUAAAGAGUCCAAAAUGAAAGCCAAAACGGUGAAAGGAAAUUGGAGCUUGAGGACGAACAAGCUCAGCUUCCCUUACGUCUUCCUCGUCUGCAUCUUCUUCUUCCUCGCUGGAUUCUUCGGUUUCACUCUCUUCUCUCACUCUCAGGGCGAUGGAGAUGGCUUGAGGCCGAGGCAGAGGCUGCUUGAACCGGGGAACGAGGCGGAGUACAAUUUGAUGCCUGUUAGAGAUCUUGGCGAUGAUUCCAUUACAUCGAUUCCUUUUCAGGUUUUGAGCUGGAGACCUCGAGCACUAUAUUUUCCUAAUUUUGCAACUGCAGAACAAUGUGAAAACAUUAUUGAUGUGGCAAAGGAUGGCCUCAAACCAUCAACCUUGGCGUUACGCCAGGGAGAAACAGAGGAGAAUACCAAGGGAAUUAGAACAAGCUCUGGCGUGUUUGUUAGUGCUUCUGAGGAUAAAACAGGGACUUUAGCUGUCAUUGAGGAGAAAAUUGCUAGAGCAACAAUGAUUCCCAGAAGUCAUGGAGAGGCAUUUAAUAUCCUACGCUAUGAGGUUGAUCAAAGAUAUAAUUCUCAUUAUGAUGCGUUCAAUCCUGCUGAAUAUGGUCCACAAAAGAGCCAAAGGAUGGCGUCAUUUUUGCUAUAUUUAACUGAUGUUGAGGAAGGUGGGGAAACUAUGUUUCCAUUUGAGAAUGGCUUGAACAUGGAUGGUAACUAUGGGUAUGAGGACUGCAUUGGUUUAAAAGUAAAGCCACGCCAAGGGGAUGGUCUUCUAUUUUAUUCAUUGCUCACUAAUGGUACAAUUGAUCCGACAUCACUCCAUGGGAGCUGCCCCGUGAUAAAAGGGGAGAAGUGGGUGGCUACAAAGUGGAUAAGAGAUCAAGAACAGGAUGAUUAGAUGAUUGGCACCUGCAAUCGAGAUUCGAAUUCCGACAUCCAUCGUAGCAAUUCUGUCUCAUAAGCAAGGUCGUCAUCUUCCAUACAGUUUAUUUUUAUAUGGUCAGAUGAAUAAUCAAGGGCUAAAUUCAAUUAGAUGCUGAAAUUAUGUAACACUAGUACAAAAUUUGAUAGCAUGAACGCACUACUAGCUGACCAUUAAAUUGAGACCCACAUUAGUCAUUACCCUUCACUUUUGCAUUACUCUCUUGAUCUCUCAUUUAAGAGCGUUCUUGUCUACUGUCUUAGGAUAGUGUUUUCUUUUUUAAAACAGUUAUUUGAUACUAUCUCCUUGAUACGCACCAUGGGUCAAGUAGUUGAUUAAUAUUAAUUAGAUGUUAAUUUAAUUAGUUAA